AUGGCUCUCAACGCAGACCGUGGAGUGUCGUACCGUGGAGUUCUCCACGAAUAUGCUCCGAGGCUGGUGGCUUUCGAAUUCGCGCCGCCGUCCAGCGUAAACAAGCCAAACAGCUUGAUAUUUGUGGGUGGGUUGACUGAUGGCUUUUGCACUGUUCCAUAUGUUUCGAAGUUAGCAGAGGCCUUGGAACCGACCGAGUGGUCGCUAUUCUCCAUUCUUUUGUCUUCAUCAUACAACGGAUUCGGAGUCGCCAGUCUCGACAAGGAUGUAGAAGAGAUUGGCCACUGCGUCCGAUACAUUCGAGACCUCAAGGCUUCGCGUCAACCCGGAGCGCCGACAAAUUGCGCAAAGAUUGUGGUCAUGGGCCACUCGACUGGCAGCCAGGAUGUCCUCCACUAUCUACACUCGCCCAACCCGCUCCCGAAGCCCGAGUUUGAUAUCGGACUUUCACACUUGGUACGACCGGAAGUCGAUGGUGCAAUCAUGCAAGCCCCCGUUUCAGACCGCGAGGCAGUUCUAGCAACCAUGAAAUUCGCCAAGAAUCCCAAUGAGGUGCGUGGUGUCUAUGAUCAGCUGAUCAAUUCGGCCAAGACACUGCCAUGGACCGCUGACGGCAAGGAUACUAUCUUGCCCAUGAAUAUGACUGCGCAGCUUGGCCUUCCAGGUGAUGCGCCACUCAGUGCUCGCCGGUUCUUGAGCCUGGCGAGCCCGGACAGCCCCGCCAAUCCUUCGCCAGAUGACCUUUUCAGCUCGGACUUGAGCGACAAGCGCCACCAGGACACAUUUGGAGUGGUAGGAUCCAGAGGCAUUCUGCAGUCCAAUUUACUGGUCCUCUACUCUGGCUCCGACGAAUGGUGCCCCGCCUGGGUUGAUAAGGAGAAGUUGAUGCAGAGAUGGAGGCAAGCCCUCGAGGCGGGAGGCGCAAAGUGGGCGGAACAGAGUGGAAUUGUCCCUGGUGCAAGCCACAAUGUCAGGGAUGAAGGCCAGAAGGACCUGAUUGACCGCGUCGUGGGUUAUCUGCAAAGUAUCUAA